AUGUAUAAAAUGAUAGUCCACUGUAUGAUCGUAUUUCAUUGGGUGAUUGUACCAGUGGGAGUCCAAUCUGUUUUUGAACUGAUUCACACUUUGGGCAUUAACUACCCAUUCUGGUAUGGAUUCCAAACUGCAUUCGCAUAUUCUAAUUUAGGUCUCACUAGUCCAUUGAACAACAACCUGUGGUAUUUAUUCGGAUUAUUGCACCAGAAUUUAUUUAAACGAUUCAUUCUUCAGUCAAGAACAAUCAGCAUAAGCUCAACAAAGACAUCAACAGUCCUAGAGAGACCCGACUCAACAAUGCUGUUAAUAGGUUUACUUAGGACCUGCCUUGGGAUUUUAGUGUUGUUUGCACUGAGUCCUCAUCAUGCUUAUGGUGUAUCAGCUGCAAAUGAUAACAAUGGAGCUAUUACAAUUGUAGAGGAUCAACAAAGUGACAUGGAAGAAAACAAAUCAAGUGAGGAAGACGCUCAUGUAGAAGUUGAAGACGAGUCAGAUGACGACUAUGAUCCGAACGCAGAUGUGUUUUAUCCAACAAAAGAAUGGCAGAAAAUAGAAAAAGGUCAAGCCAUACCCAGAGGCCUUCAUGUGCGUGUUGACAUGCAGACAGGAGAGAAGGAAGCCAAGUUGAUGGAAGGAGAUGAUGGCCUGAAGUAUUGGAAGAAAGGAGAAAAGCAGGGUAUGAUUAACACCAAGGACAAGAAGUUUUCACAUGAUGAAUUAAAGAAAGCAUUGAAGGAAUUCAAAGCGAACAGAGAUGAUGUGAAAGAUGACAAGAUCAAAGAGGCUGCAAUAAAGAACAAGUUUAAAAGCUAUGAGGAGCUGAGAAAGGAUCUUGAUGCAAUGAAUAUAAAUGUGCAGACAGACAAUGAGAUAAUAGAAGAGCUGGUCAGAAGGUACAACAACAGUGAAGUAUCUACCAAAGAGAAAAUAGAAAUUCUCACAGAUUUAGAGUACCAUCUACACCAAAUCGACAAUGCACAAGUGUUCUCAGACAUGGGAGGACUCAGGCUGCUGAUUGCAUCAGUUAACCACACAGAUGUAGAACUCCAAACACAUGCAGCUGUGACACUUGGGGCAGCUGUGCAGAGUAAUCCACAGGUGCAAAUACAAGCAAUAAAAGAGGGCGCUCUACAACAGCUUAUCAGAGUAUUUUCCACCAGUAAGCCAGAAACACUUUACACCCGCAUCAUCUUUGCGAUAUCUUCAUUGAUACGUCACUUCCCAUUUGCGCAGGGCAAGUUCUUAGAACUAGGUGGACUUGAUGCGUUGAUGGAGUUAUUCCGCAAUGUAAAGUUCACGAAGGCACAAGUGAAGGUGGUCACUUUACUGAAUGAUUUAUUAACUGAACAGAAGCAUUCUAUUGAGUCAGCAGAAAGCUCUGCCAAGCGAGGGCAGUAUGAAAUGAUUCCACUUUUAGAGACUCUUACUGAAAGAGGAUGGUGUAGCAUGAUACCCUCACUUUUAUCUUUACCAGAACAUGACACAAGAGAAAAAGUCCUCCAUGCCAUGUUAACAUUAUCAGACAGUUGCCAUAGUGAUUUCAAAAUGGCUGACUCAUCAUUACAACAGCUCCGAAGUGAAUAUGAAAAACUCUCACAUGAAGAGUUGACUCAUUCAAGUGAUGACCAAUAUUUUACCUCAAUGUUACAUGCAGUGAAUGAUAUUAGUUCUAAAAUUCAAAUGGAAAAAGAUGAGCUAUGAUAAAAACAAUACUAGAAUAGUGUGAUAUAAUUUAUUGGUACCAAUUCAAAAAUCAGAGAUCUCAUGGAUUUCCAGUUUACCAUAUGUAUGAAAUCUUGGUCCUGACCCCAAAAGUGUUUCAUCAAAACAGAAUGUUUGCAGUACUACACAUAUAUAGUGUGACUUUUGCAAUUUAAACAACUGUUCUCGAUGUUCAUGAUGUUAACAAUGGGCCAAGUGAAUAGUGUCAAGGACAUCAAACACAGUUUCUUUUGUAAUCAUCAUUUGAUAGGAUUAUUAAUUAAUUCUAAAUGUUGUUAAUGCAUACUGUUUGUACAUCAGUACUUUUAUAAUUUUUUAUUGUAUUGUUUGAUUUGUUACUUGGGAUUCACUAAUCCUGAACGAGAUCAUUAAUUGUAAAGCUCAAUCAUCAAUACCCAGUUUACGAUGUUAUUCUGUGGUAGUAAAAGAAUUCCAGGAAUUACCUAAAUUAAACAUUUACCAAUAUCCAAAUGUUGAUGACAACACCAAAUUAAAUACAGCCAAA